AUGAACGGAAGAAAUGAGACGCCACCUAUAUUGGAACGAGAAGAUUAUGGUGGUGAUGAUACGAGGUCUCCACCAGAUUCGCCUAUGCAAAACGUUAAUGGUUAUACUUCAAACGGUCACAUGAAUGGUGUACACGUGAACGGAGUAAACGGAAGAAACAGAGUUAAUGGCGGCCUAAAUAGAAACGGUGUUCAUAUGAAUGGUGUUGCGAAUCGGAUUGCUCGUCGAGACGAAAAUAAUCGUGUUGUCCGUAGAGAGGGGGACGAAGAUUAUUUCGGAGAAUUCGAUGAUAACCUAAAAAGUGAAGCUGAUAGGGAUGAAGAUGAUGGAGAUGAAGGUGAUGAUGAAGAAGAAGAUAAUUCUUGUGACGACGAGACGGAAGUGAUGGAUGAGGAGAUGGAUUUCAACGAAUAUGAGCAUGAUCUCAUGAAGGAAUUACAAAUGGACAGAAGUCAAAAAUCAGAAGCAAAUGAGACUGUAAACGAAGUAGAAGAUGAUAAUUCUGUGUCUUCGGGUAGAGAAUCAGAUGAAGCAUUGUGGCAGAUGAUGAAAGCUGAUAUUAAGUACAAAUAUCAUCCGAGAAGGCCGAAAUGGGACGAAGCUCAAAAUGAAGGAGAAUUUUAUGAGCACCAUGAAUCAUGGGCAGCUGUUGUUCCCCAUUUUGAAGACUUUAUUUUGAUUGGACGACCGGGUCAAGUAUCAUUUGCUCAAAAUUCAAAAGACUUCAUGAUCGACCCACCAUCAGAAGAAGAAAACGAUGGCAAGAAUAAUAAUGAGAAAUCUGAUUCAAUGAGUGGAAAUACUGAAAGUCUCAAAGACGAUAAUUCAUAUAUGUCACUCGAUGAUAUGUCAAACAAUGACCGAUCAGUUCCUGAAACAAGAUCACUCGACGAUUUCAAAUUAAGCGAAAUGGAAAAUUGCAGCACACGUGAUCACUCAGUCACGAUUUAA